AUUAUGAACAAUAGCUGUAGGUAUAUGGAAUAGCAUUUGUCUUGUUGUAGACAUCUGGCGCCGCGGCUGUCUGCUCGUCGAAACAAUAGACACCUGGCGACGCACUGUCUGAUUGCCUACUUAAACAAUUGCUGAGUCUGGCGCCGUAGAGCAUUAUGUUCUGGUAAUUACCAGACGCAAUAUUCUAGAAGGACACGUCGGCAUCAGCGAGAAGUGCGUGGCUAUAUAAGCCGUGGCAGCGCCAACGUAAUCAAUCAGUGCUAAGAGUAAACUGUUAUAGUUUAGACGAGUUGUAAAAUAAAGAGUUGUUGAAUUGAAUUAAAGUUGAAAGUAGUUUAUUAAAGUUUUGGUUUUAUUCGUCAAUCCAGAGAUACGAACCUAGCAAAGAAAAUUAGCAAGCAGUAAAAAUCGUAACAAUUGGUGUCAGAAGUGGGAUUGUCAAAUAAUCCAAAUUCAAGAUGGUUAAAUUCGGAGAAUUGAGAAUUUAGCAAUUAAAAAAGGAACUGGAAGAGCGUAAUUUGCCGAUAAGCGGGCAAAAGGCGGAUCUGCAGGCACGAUUACGUGAAGUAAUGGAAGCGGAUGGAAUUAAUGUGGACGAGUUCGAAUUUGAUGGGCCAGAAACUUCUACAAAGGUAGAAGAAAAAGUAGAAGAACAACGGACAUCAUCGAGUGUGGACAUGAACAUGCUGUUAGUGGCUAUACAGAAAAUAGCUGAAAAUACAGAAAAUGCAGUGCAAACAGGAAAUCGUCUGGCACAGCAAAUAGCUGAAAAUGCAGAAAAGGCAGUGCAAACAGAAAAUCGUCUGGCACAGCAAAUGACGCAAAUAGCUGAAAAUACAUCACAGUUAGAGUCUCGCCUUACACAACAAGAAAAGCGUUUGGUACAACAGAUUACAGAAAGUAAUACACAAGUGCAACAGAAAGUUUCAAAAUUGGAAGACGAAUUAAGCACGUUAAAAAAUGACGAAGAAAAUUUGAAAUCAGAAGUUCUUCAUUUGAGUAAUCGGAUGCGAGAACUGCAACUGCAUGGCCCUGCACCAUCAACAAAUAAUCCAAGAUUUAAGGCACCCACAUUCGAUGGAAGUAUUCCAUUUCAAAUUUUCAAACUUCAGUUUAAAAAGACAGCAAUGGCCAAUAACUGGAAUGCAGCGGACAAAGUAGCGUCCUUGUUUGUAUCAUUGAAAGGACCUGCGGCAGAAAUCCUUCAGACUAUUCCAGACUGUGAACGGGACAACUAUGAGGCAUUGAUGAGUGCGAUAGAAAGACGAUAUGGUAGUGAGCACCGGAAACAAAUAUACCAGAUCGAACUGCAAAAUAGGGGUCAGAAGAUGAACGAGUCAUUGCAAGAGUUCGCAACUGAAAUAGAACGACUGGCUCAUUUGGCAAAUGCAGAUGCACCUGCGGAUUACAUUGAGAGGGUAAAAAUUCAAUGCUUCAUAAAUGGAAUUCGUGAUGUGGACACCAAACGCGCCACAUAUGCAUUGCCAAAAAGAACGUUUGCUGAAAGGGUUUCGCACACCCUCACACAGGAAACAGCUUCGCUACUAAGUAAAUCAGCACACAAAGUACAAAGAGUUGAAAUGGAACAACCGGCGCUGAUGGAAGAAAUAUUGAAGACUCUGAAGACAAUUGCUGCACAGCGAGUAAAUACAACAGGCAGAUGUUUCAACUGUGGAAAAGCGGGUCACUUUGCCCGAAAUUGCAAUAUAAAGGUAAACCCAUCAAAACGGAAUCAACCAACAGAACACCGAAAGAGGAUUCACCACAAAAAUGCGGAUGCAUUAUCGCGUCGCCCUUGUCCACUGGAACGUAAACAUUGCUCCAAAUCAGAGGGAAAAGAAGGUAUAAUCGACGUGCGAUUACUGAAUAUAGAACCUGAAGAUGAUUGGACUCCUCACCGCAUCAGAAUCAAUCAGCUGGAGGACCCUGAUCUUGUAAAGCUGAUAAUAGCCAAAGAAAAUGGGGUACGACCACCAAAGGAACAAAUAAGUAACGAGAGUCCAAUGGCAAAAGCAUAUUGGGCCCAAUGGAACAGCAUAAACCUCGUUAAUGGAUACCUUCAUCGUACCUGGGAAAGUGAAGAUGGCAAACAGUCUCGUCUGCUGAUCAUAGUACCGAAGUCCAUGAUCCCGAAAGUGUUGAAAGAAUAUCACAAUGGACCUAGUGGAGGUCACCUUGGAAUUACAAAAACUAUAGAGAAGAUUAAACAACGGUUCUACUGGAUCGGUUGUCAAGAUUCCAUAGCAGAAUGGAUAAGUAAUUGCGUAGAGUGCAGCUAAAGGUCCUAAAGCCAAAAGUCGCGGUAGGCUACAACAGUACAACGUGGGAUCACCAUUUGAACGAGUCGCAAUGGAUGUUGCAGGUCCGUUUCCAACCAGUACGGCCGGAAACAAAUAUCUACUGGUUGUCAU